AGGGUGGCAGCCAUUUGAUCGGGUGGCAACAAUGACCCAACUCUAUUAUUUUAGUGAAAGAAUUGUGGAAUAGUUUUCGUUUUAUAUAUUAGAAAAUAGUGAUUAAGAAUUUGUCAAGAUGGGCAAGGGUUUCAACAAUUAUAUGUGCAAGAAAUUCUUUCAUCCUGCCUCAAGGGACAACCUGAAGAGGGUAUGGAUGGCGGAGCAGCAGGCGGAGGCGUACAAAAAGAAGCAGGAAGAGCUACGCACACAGUAUGAAAAGGAACAGAAUCUUCACGAGAACAAAGCAAUGCUCAGCAAGGAUAGCAAGGAUAAGUUGAGCGUGAAUUUCAUGUACGAGCCUCCUCCGGGUGUGCGCAAGGAGCGGGAAAAGGACGACAAUGAGCCGGAAUACAAGUUCGAAUGGCAACGCAAAUACAAUGCGCCUCGCGAGUCCUACUGCAAAGGUGAUACUGAAAUCCGGGAUCAACCAUUCGGUAUCCAGGUGCGCAAUGUGCGCUGUCUCAAGUGCCACAAGUGGGGACACAUCAAUACGGACAAGGAGUGCACCAUGUACAGCAUAUCCAUGAGCGAGGCCAGGAAGCUGCACUCCGAGUCGGAGGCCAACGAUAUUAUGUCCAAAAAUGUGCUAGAGGAGCAAAUGAAGGAGGAUGGCCUAAUGAUGAAGAGAUCGGCAUUGGAACUGCAAAGCAUUAAGGAUGUGCAGCAGCGACAUCAGUUGGUGCCCAGCGACGAGGAGGACGAGGCAACACGUGCAGCCAAUCAACAAAAUCCCGAAUUGUUGUUCCUUAAAUCUCUGAGCAAGAAGCAAAAGCUGAAAUUGCUAAAGAAACUUGAGAAAAUUGAGCGGAUGAAGCGUAAGGGGGACAAAAAGUCAUCCAAAGCGAGCAAAAAGAAGGCCAAAAAGAAGGAUACCAAGGAUAACAAAAAAAAGAAGAGCAAAAAGUCUGCAGAGAGCAGCAGUCAUAGCUCCUCAUCCUCAUCAUCAUCAUCAUCAUCAUCAUCCUCUGACUCUGAGAGCGAAAAAAAUAAUAACAAAAGGAAUGGCCAGCGUGAAAGAUCCCGUUCCCGAAGCCAUAGCAAGGAACGUCGCAUCAGGGAGCCGACAAGUCGACGACACGCAUCAUCCAGCCUAAAUAACCACUCCAAUGACUCCAAAUCUACUGAAGAGUCCCACAAACGCAGUCGAGACAAUCACCGAAGCAAUGGUCACCGUGAUCACCGUGAGGAACGUUUCCGGCAGAGGCGUCAGCGUUCCCGAAGUGCGGAUAAUCGUCGCGAACGGGAACGGGAACGCAGAGAUCGUGAAAGACGCUAGUUUUAAAUGCAUUUACAUUUACAUGUAUAAUCAAUCCGGUAGUUAAGCCCACCAAUAUAACAUUUUGAUAAUAUUGAAAUAAAUCUUUUAUGACUUUUAUCUGCCUUGAUUAAA